AUGGAGCCAUUACCCAAGGACGAUGACCACAAUGCGGGUCGUCGGGCCCGCGAGGUAUAUCGUUAUUUUCGACCGGAGCGAUUGGCCCCAAUAGAUGAGAAUCAGUCAUUCACCAGUGACGAGGCAGUCCUGCUGGAUCCGUCAGCUCGGCAGGGUUCCUCUACAUCAAGUCGCCCGGCAUCCACCUCGCAAUCUCUAUCCAGCUCACGAUCUGGCUCACAAGCAUCAUGGGGUGCAUCUUUAGCCCCAAUACCAAAUUCCUUAGUCUUAGGUGACUCCAACGAGACACUGCAUUUAUUUGCGCAAUUAGCCGCUUUACGCUUGAACGUGGACCGCGUCUUUAUCAGUGUGUCAGAUCGUCAUUCUCAGUUUAUUAUCGCCCAAGCUGCUCAAAAGACCAAAGACAACAAUAAAUAUGAUCGCCUAGGCGAUGGGGUCUAUACGGGCAGUUCCACGCUCGAUGUUAGUUCGUGGACACCAUGUCAGGAUACUCUUGCCCUUCCUCAAUCCAAACGAGAACAGGGUGAGUAUAGCUUUGUCAUUUCCAACGAUAUGAGGGAAGAUGAACGUUAUAAAAACCUCUCUUUCGUGCAAAAGAAGCCAAAUUUUCGAUUCUAUGCAGGCACGCCUCUCACAACAGACAGCAAUAUCAAUGUUGGCUGUUUCUUUGUGCUCGAUACAAAGCCUCAUGCCGAAUUCACCCAGUCAGAGAAAGAGACCAUGGGCACCAUGGGAAUGCUCAUCAUGGACUUCCUCAGGGUGAGCCGGCAAGCCUCAGAGGGUCGGCGUGCAGCCAGGCUAUCUCGAGGUCUGAGCUGCUUCGUCGAGGGCAGAUCGAGGUUCGCAGAUUCCUCCGAAGAUCCAAUUACGCAUAACCCAAACCCGCAACGAAACUCGCGUCCAUCUUCGAAAACAAGAUCAAGUCGUCUCUCCAUUUCUAAUAAUCAAUAUUCCCCCCGAAGAUCUCGUUCUCGGGCCAGCGAUGCUCGUUCGGUCAGUCCAUUGUCAGAUAUCAAUACCGAUCAUUCUAGAGCCUCUAGUGUUGGCUCGCAUCUUCCUGGUUUGCAAUCUGGCAAUAUGCAGAAUAAAGAUGAUGGAUAUCAAGGAACCGCGUGGACUUUCCAGCGAGCAGCAAAUCUGAUCCGAGAAAGUUUAGAGCUAGAAGGCCAUGGCGGUGUGGUCUUCGUCGAAGGUGGAAACGAUACCACGUUCGAUUUCGAUACAAGAAGUGAACUCUCAGACUCUCUGGACAACAAAAAAUUCGCCACUGUUUUGGGUAUCUCUGCUGGCGACGCCCCAUUGGGUCCGGAAACAGGCUCUGUUACACAAUUCCCAGUUUCAGGGAUAGACGAUGGUUUCCUUCAUGGCUUGCUCUGUCGUUAUGGGCAGGGAAAGAUCUGGUCAUUCCAUCGGGAUGGCCUAUUCUCCAGUUCUGACAGUGACGAAUAUACCGAUUCCUCGCGCAAAAGCUGUGCUGGGGAACGACCUCGAUGCACGCGGUCGAAACGUGCGAAGAAGUGGAAAACCAUCGAGAACAACAUGCUCAAUCAAUAUUUCCCAGGAGCCACUCAGGUUAUGUUCGUUCCUUUGUGGAAUACUACCAAUUCCCAAUGGUUUGGUGGUUGCUUCUGCUGGAACAAUGUUGAGAAUGUUGUUUUCGAUCAACAGGUGGAACUAAGCUCUUUGCUUGGAUUUGGAUCUUCUAUUAUGGCCGAAUGCAACCGGAUCGAGGCUCAAAUCUCAGACCGCCAAAAGGCAGACUUCCUUGGAAGUGUGUCGCAUGAACUACGCAGCCCUCUCCAUGGAAUUCUCGCAGCAGCAGAAUUACUACAAGGCACGAAGUUUGAUGACUUCCAAGGCUCUCUUCUGGGAACUAUCAAUGCAUGUGGUCGAACGCUGCUUGAUACGGUGAACCAAGUCUUGGAUUAUACCAAGCUUGUGUCCCUGGAAAAGGAUCUUCGCCACUUGAAAAGAAACAGGGCUUCUAGUGUGGAUCUUAUGAGCAUGCAACGCCCUGCCUCACAACUAGAUGCAUAUAUGCCUACUGAUCUCUCCCUUCUCGCCGAGGAAGUUGUCGAAGGUGUUUGUCUGGGCCAUUCAUACAACCAACGACCAGCAUCCUCUUCUGCCCCAGUUGGCACGCCUCCAUGCAACGAAGGCAGCCUACAGAGCUUUGAUUUCCCUCAACUGCACGUGGAUGUGGAUAUGGACAUUGCUCAAAAUGAUUGGGUUUAUUAUACACCUCCUGGUGCUCUCCGUCGCAUCAUUAUGAACAUCUUCAGCAAUGCAGUCAAAUAUACCGAUUCAGGACGCGUUUCGCUUCGUUUGGAGGCGCAGGAAGCCCCCGAGAAUUGGUCUCAAAAGCAUGGCACUAAAGAAGAUAUGAUUACUCUGACAGUCUCUGACACUGGCAGGGGAAUAUCAGAAGAGUUCCUACGAAGCAGACUAUUCAUCCCUUUUGCUCAGGAGAACAGUCUGGCUGUUGGAACCGGGCUGGGCCUCUCGAUUGUCCACGGGCUGCUCAAAUCUCUAGGUGGAAAUAUUAAUAUCGACAGUCGCCCAGGCGAAGGAACAACCGUCAAGGUGACUCUCCCACUAGCACGCCGAGAACACAACUCCGGUGUCGCCUCCAGUGCUCCGCCAUCACCUCCGCUGGAAGUGGACACCGAAUCCCUGUCAUCCGAAGUGCGCCUCUUACGAGACGCCCAUGCUGGCCGAACCAUUGCCAUCAUGGGCGUGGAGCCUGAGGACGCUUUCACUCAUCCGCAAUGGGGAGCAUUCUCUCGUUACUUGACUGACUGGUAUGGCCUCAAGCUGGUCUCGUCUUCAUCCAAAGCGCCCAUUGAUGUCAUAUUGGCCAGUGAACUUCCACUGAAAAAGGACAUCAGUUGGGAUUCAGGCUCGAAUCAAGCCGUGCUUGUGCUGAGUCGCAAGUUUGUCGACCACAAUACUGCCCAACCUGAAUGGUCUUCCUCAAACGCUCUGACCGUUGUCAGUCGUCCGUAUGGUCCACACAAGCUCUCACGAUUCAUUCACAAAUGUUUCGACCAAGCCUUCUCAUUACCCGCUGCCGGGUCAGUAGUCUUGCCUGAACGAGACCGAAUUUUCCCACCCACGCCGCCAGCAGACGCUUCUUCAGAUCAACCAAUUCCUCAUGUCGAUGAUACACAAAGGUCAACCACAGACCACGUCCCUCCCACCCCUCAACGCUCACAUGCUACUCUUCCGCCCUCCUCUACACUCGAAAACACCGAGAAUGCCGAACCUACAACAGGACCUCGAAAGCCUCGAAUCUUGGUAGUUGAAGAUAACAAAACCAACCUAAACCUAAUGCUCGCCUUCCUAAAAAAGCGAAAGCUGGACACUCUCCACUCAGCCGAGAAUGGACAGCUAGCAGUGGAUGCAGUGGAACAACUGCAACCGGGCUAUGAUAUUAUAUUCAUGGAUAUCUCCAUGCCCGUCAUGAACGGGUUCGACGCCACUCGAUCCAUCCGAGCCCUCGAAAAACUCCGCGGCCAGGACUCCAACCCGUCCGUCAUCAUUGCACUGACUGGACUUAGCGGUUCAAAUCAUGAAUUCGAGGCUCUAAACUCGGGCAUGGACUUGUUCCUGACCAAACCGGUUACUUUCAAGAAAAUUUCCAAGAUCCUGGAUAAAUGGUCUGAGAGAGACCUGCGACAAGAGUGA